AUGCAGCGAAGAAGAUGCACUGGCUCUCCGACUGGUGAAGUGCAGUGGCUGGCAAGCACACGUUACAUCUGCACACUUGGCUAAUUGAACAAACAAACUCCGGCGCAUCUCAUUUCAGGCCGCCCAAGUCUUGUUUCUGGCCAUCGGAGGCAGUGCGGGCGAAACCAACUCGACCGUUCGUCUCCGAUGGCCGAACUUGACCGGGCCGCCGUGUUUCGCGACGAUCCAAGAGUGGCAUCGUGUCAAUCAGCGUGUUACAGACAUCCAGACGUCUAGACAGACGGAAGCAUGGGUUGAUGUAGUAUAAUAGUAUAGGAUUAUAAUCUAUUAUUACAUAUUUUAAUCAAGAUCUACUUAGUGAGGCAAGCCUCAUUGUUAACCAAGUCAAUGACUAUGCUUGGGGGUCUGCUUCCAUGAAUGCAUAGUGUAGAGAGAAGCUGAUCCGACAUCUCACCAGUUUCAUUACUGAACUAUAAUUUUUGUCAGGUUGUUGGCUAUUCAUUAAACUGGCCAGAUGUUUGUAAAAUGUAGCUGUUUGCUAACUCAUUGAGUGAUUCUACCAUGUAUAUAUUGUGAGAUGCAUUCCUCCAAUACAAUAGUCUAAUGUAUUGUGAGAACAUGUUCUAAUGUCUGGCCACUGGUUCCUUCUUUGCAAGAUCUCUCCAAUUGUUCAAAGAAAUUACAAUCUCGACUACUGUCAAUCAAAAAAGACACAGUUCCAUCAAUUUUUACAGAACUGCACUACAAGAGAAGAUAGAGCAAGACUGAUUAGCUGUGGGGGACCAAUUGCAGGGGUUUGGCUAGAUGCAGUCCCAGUGUCACAGAAUUUCACUCUUAGCUGUGUUCAGUUUAGAACUGCAGCACUUAUGCGACUAGGGGCAAGUCUUCCUGUACUCGGAAACAUCGAGAAAUGCAUACCCCAGUGUGGUAAAGACAUAGACAAUCAAGGCUAUCAUUUGCUCACGUGCAAAUUUGGAGGAGGUCCAAUAUUCAGGCACGACCGUUACCUGGACAACUACUACAACAUGUUGCGGGAAGUAGGCUUCCAUUGCCAUAAAGAACUGAUGGCUCAAUUCCAAAACAAGCAACGCCCAGACAUAGCUGUCUAUGAUUUUCAUGAGGGCAAGAAAGUAUUGUUAGACAUUACAAUAACACACCCUUGGGCUCAAAGUAACAUCUCAGGGAGCAGCACUUCGGCAGGAUUUGCAGCAGUGGAAAAAGAAAAACAAAAGGACAAGAAAUACAGAGAAACUGCCGAAUCCCUAGGACACAUCUUUUGCCCAAUCGCAAUUGAGGCUUUCGGACGCUGGGGCCCCAAGGCUGAAGAGCUAGUGACAGAGACGAGCAAGAUGGCACCCAUGCAAUUGGACAUGCCAGUGGGCCAAUUCAAAGCACAGUGGUCACGUCAUUUGUCGGUGACACUUCAACGACUAAAUUCGGACAUAAUCAAUAAACGGGCAUUGACAAUUGUUGGCAAGAAGGAGUCUGGUACCAGUGGGCCAGCUAACCUUGCCAAACGAGAAUUUAGUUUUGACUUUUCAUAAAUUUAUGUUCGUGUGUGUGUGUGUGUGUGUGUGUGUGUGUGUGUGUGUGUGAGUGUGUGUGUGCUUGGUUGCAUUGUAGUUUGUAUUGUAGUUUGCGUUGUAGUUUGCAUUGUAGUUUGCAUUUUAGUUCGUGUCGUAGUUUGCUUGUAAUUUGCCUUGUGCUUUUGAUGACAGUACUGAAAAAUAUAUAUACUGUGAGAUGCAUCCCUCCAAUACAAUAGUCUAGUGUAUUGUGAGAUGCAUCCCUCCAAGACAAUAGUCUAGUGUAUUGUGAGAUGCAUCCCUCCAAUACAAUAGUCUAGUGUACUGAGAGAUGCAUCCCUCCAAUACAAUUUGCAAACUUGUGUUUUGAGGUUGAGGAUUUU